AUCAUCCCACCCCUUGACGAAUUUAUCAAUUAUUUAUAUCAUUCCUAUUUGUUAUACUUGUUUAUUCUUUAAUCAAUUAUUUUCAAUCAAUAGUAUACUUUCUAGUAGUUUACUUAAAUAAUACAAGUUUAAAGUCUAGAACCUUCACUUACCUUAUCUUGCUCCUUCGCACACAGUACAAAACGGAAUAAAAAUAUUUCAUACAUCCCAAAUGUCAGCUGCUACUCCAACUAAAGCUUUUCAAUCAAAGACCAUUCCUCAUAUCUUGAGUUAUCCAAUUGUGUCAUACAUUGUAUCUACGGUUCUUUCAAUCUCAAUUAUCAACUAUGUCUAUACAACUUAUGUGGUACAAUUGACUGAUUUUAUUAAGUCCAAAGUACUUUCAAUUGAACCUAUUUAUACUUAUCUUUCCUUUGCUGAUUCAAAGAUUGAUGAUUCAAUUACCUAUGGUGAUAAAUUAGUUGUUGAAUACCCUAUUCAUUAUGUCAAAGUCACUAAUGAUACAUUGGUUAGUUUGAAUGAUAAAUAUAUCAAAGAAGAAAUUAAAAUCAAGGAAGAAGUCAAGGAUGAAUUUACUCGUUUCUUUUACAUCCUUAAUUCCAUUUUGAUCAAUGUUAAGGGUAAAAUUAAUUCUUCAACUUCAAAAAUUUCUUCUGGUUUAGUUGAUACUUAUAACUCGGAAUUAUCGGCUUCUAAGACCAAUGGUUACAUUUCUAAGAACUUAGAAGCUUCAAUUAAUACUGCUACUAAAACCAUCAAGAAUUUGAAUGAUGAAUUUAUUACCCCUUUGAAAAAUCAAACCACUGAUUAUUUAGAUCAAGUAGCUACUACUACAAAGACUAAGGCUGAUACUUUCAUCAAUGAAGCUAAGCAAAAUAUUAUUUCACCACUUAAUGGUAAAGUUGAAUCUGCCUUGAAUGGUUCCGCUCCAGUUGUAUCUGCAAGUGCUUAAUUUCAUUAAGUCAUGAUGCAUCUUGAUUCUAUUAUUCCUGCUAAUUAAUUGUUGCUCAGCUGGUCUGAUCCAGCUCAUCCUUCAAAACCCCUAUUUAUUUAAUUUAUUUAAUUAUUUAUUCUUCUUUUAUACAAAUACUCGCUACUUGGCUUGGUUAGCAUUAAUUCGAUCAUAAAAUUUGUAUAUUAUAUAUUUAAUUGUCUAUUUACUCUCCAGGUUAUAUAUAUUUAUUUUAUAGUCUAAUGAAAUACAUACACUGUUUAUUAUUAUUAUUAUUAUUAUUAU